AUGCAUGGAUACCACGAGUUACUUCUUUUAUGCCGGAGAUUCCAUUCGAAACUACCGAAACGACACUCCAGUCCUUUUUACGUUGUGCUUGCCUAUAUUUCUUUUUUAAAGUUUAAAAGGAAUAAGGAACGAAAUGGUUUCGUGGCAAGUGACUGUCUUUCUUCAUCGAAUCCUCCAGUAAAGUUACCAUUUUUUGUCGGUUAUUAUAAUAUACCCAACGAACAAAAUACGCAAAAUAAUUUCACAACGCGUUUGACACACUUAAUUGUUGUAUACGAUAAACUGUACGAUAACGACCUUUCUGGACUCAAGGAUGUGGCAAAUUUUAAGAAUAGUAAUUGUAAAGUAUUAUUAUCUGUCCAACCUUUUCAAUUAGCUGUAGCGCUGGGUUGGCAAAUUAAUAAUAUUACUAGUUAUUUAGAAAAUCUUAUCAAUAACUAUAAGCUCGAUGGUCUUGAUCUCGAGUAUUCUAAUUGUCAGAAUAAUCUGGAUAACUUUAAUAGCUUCGCAAAUAUAACAAAUACAUUGCACAAUUCAAAAGCUAUGUCAUCGAAAAUUAUAUCGAUCACUUUCAGACCGGAGUAUUUGGUUCAUGCUUAUAAGUUUGAUACUUUCAAUAGCUCGGUAGAUUUCGUAAACAUCAUGGCAUAUCAGUAUAACCUUUUUAACAAUACAGCCAUCGCCUUAAAUUCACCCUAUGAUGGCCUGCAAGUGACUUAUCCGCAAAUGCUUAAAAAAUUUAGUGAAUUCUUUGGAACGAGCAAAAUAGUUCUUGGCGUGAAUUUUGGUGGUAUCAUAGAAUUGAUUCAGGCUCAGUCUAUGGAUUUCGAGAAUGAAUAUAAUAAUAAUGGUAGUAAACCUCUUUCACGAAUUUCAUAUAAUCCUCUCUCCACCACAUUUGGACAGUUGGAUACUAGAUGUUCGAGUUUAUCCAAUGCAUAUUCGUGGUCAUUCAAAGAGAUGGUAAACUCUAAUGUACUUUCAAAAGAUUUUUCAAUCAAUAACCAUGAGUGGAAUUACCGACCCGACUGUACAUCUCAAGAACCAUAUAUUUUCCAGACUUUUAAUAAUAAUAGUGGUAAUAAUGGUGGUAGUAGUAAUCCUCUAACUAAUAAUACUCAAACUAGUAAUUCUCCAUCAAGGAGAACUACAACUGGUUUGAGAGCAGCAGCAUCUGAAACCAAUUCUCUGAAUCAGUUUCAGUUUGUAUCAUUUGAAAAUCCUUCAUCUCUAGGAUUGAAGCUAGCUUAUAUAUCUACUAGUGGUUAUGGCGGGAUAGCGAUUGCAAAUCUCGCAUGGGAUACUGAUGAUCUCGUGAUGUUUAAUAACCUUACAUCCAUGAUCAUACCUAGCUCUGGUCAGCCAAAUUCAUCUCUCUCCGGCUCUACCAAUCAUUUUACUAGCGGAGUAAUUGCUGGAAUCGUCGUCGCUGCGGUCUUAUUUUUCGUGAUACUACUUAUUUCUAUCGUAAUCUUCAUUAAAAGAAAAAAAGGGCAGAAUGAUGAGAUGAGUGUGAAACCAACUGAAGCUCGGUCAAACCCACAGGCGCCGUCCAAUACUGUUAUUCCUAAUACUGUUUUAACAACUAAAGAACAAACCACAAAAUCCCUAUUUGUUACUGCAUUGUAUGACUUUGAAGGAAAAGAAGAAAGUGAUUUAAGUUUUAAGAAAGGCGAUCGGAUAGAAGUAAUCGAGAAAGGAAACGGACCUAUUGAUUGGUGGGUGGGCAAGGUGGAUGGUGUUGUUGGUGAAUUUCCUGGUAAUUAA